CUCGCGAACUUCACGGAGUGCCUCCCCCCUUUGCCGAAGGCGCUCUACUUCGGCGACGACAACGCCGUCUCCGUCGCCGCCUAUUCGUGUCUAUUCAUCAUCGCCGCCUGCGGGAACCUCACCGUGUUCAUAACCCUGUUCCGCAACAGGAGCAGUAAGUCCCGCAUAAACCUUUUCAUAAUGCAUCUGGCCAUCGCCGAUCUCAUCGUGACGUUCGUAAUGUUGCCCCUGGAGAUAGCGUGGCACUCGACCGUGGCCUGGAAGGCUGGAGACGUGGCCUGCCGUCUGCUCAUGUUCUUCAGGGCCCUUGGAUUCUACCUGUCCUCGUGUAUCCUGGUCUCCAUCAGCUUGGACCGCUACUUUGCCAUAAUGCGGCCGCUGUCGAUCACGGACGCUGACACGCGUGCCAAGAUGAUGCUGGUCGUCUCGUGGCUGUUGGCCGUAGUUGCAAGCAUUCCACAGGUAAGU